UCCACCCCAGGGAGGUUUUUCUUUUCUUGGUUUCUUUCUUUCUUUUUUUAUGUUGAGACAUUGACUUGCAGCUUCUCAGAGUGCGUGUCAGCUACAAUCUAGUCUCCAGCAAGUUACACUGACACCAUGAACUCAGAAGCUGAUGAAUCAAAGGAAGUGGCUACAGAUGUCUUUAAUUCAAAAAACCUGGCUGUACAGGCCCAAAAGAAGAUCCUCGGGAAAAUGGUGUCCAAAUCCAUAGCAACAACCUUGAUCGAUGAUACAAGCAGUGAUGUUUUAGAUGAACUCUAUAGAGUGACAAAGGAAUACACUCACAACAAGAAGGAGGCUGAGAAGAUCAUCAAAAACCUAAUUAAAACUGUCAUCAAGCUGGCCAUCCUAUACAGGAAUAAUCAGUUUAACCAAGAUGAACUAGCACUAAUGGAGAAGUUCAAGAAGAAAGUUCAUCAGCUUGCAAUGACCGUGGUCAGUUUCUAUCAGGUUGAUUACACCUUUGACCGGAAUGUGUUGUCCAGACUAUUGAACGAAUGUAGAGAGAUGCUUCACCAGAUCAUUCAGCGCCAUCUGACUGCCAAAUCCCAUGGACGGGUUAACAAUGUCUUUGACCACUUUUCAGAUUGUGAAUUCUUGGCUGCCUUGUACAAUCCUUUUGGAACUUAUAAGCCCCACUUGCAAAAACUCUGUGAAGGCAUCAACAAAAUGCUAGAUGAAGGGAACAUAUGAAUACCUGGAUUACAGUUGUGACUGCUAACAUUUCUUAUAAAUAGAGCACUGUUGAUUUAUGAAGGAAAAAAAUUAAAAGCCAAGGGUGUUUUUUUGUUUGUCUGAAGAUUACAGAUACUUCAAAAAGAGUUUGCCAAAUGAGUUUCUUGAUUAUGAGCCAUCUUAUUCCCAAAACACCAAGAAUAAACAUCACAUGAUAUUGCUAGAUGUGGGACUUGAUUUUUAUUUGAAGAGGAGCUUUUUGCCAAAAUAUCUGGUUAGGAGUUACCAAACAGUUAACAUAUCAUGAAAAUUAUGUUAAAUGAUACAAAUGUAUUUAUAGCCCCCUGCAAGAACGUUUUAAAGGGAGCUCUUCGUGGUGAUGGUACAUUCUAUUGCAUCUAAUGUAUAUAAAGUUAUAUUUUUUUCAUUUAUUUUCCUUCUUGAUGUGUGUUUGCUUUGAACAAAAAAAAAAAACUUCUUUCUGAUGCCAAUGCUACUUUAGAAACAACCUGAGUUUUCUAGUUCUAUCCCUGAUGCUUGUGCAAAGUUUUCAUCUAUAGUGUUAAGAUCCAGUCCAAGCCAAAUCUGCUGCCAUGAAAAUUUUACUCUUGAUUUUCAUGACCUCGGAGGUAAAGUUUUACCCUUUGAGGAACAGGAAAUUACAUAUUUAAAAGAAUUUAUAGUAUAACAAAAUGUGUUUAAAAUAUGAAUCAUGUAUGAUAAAAAUAACAUGCCUCUUGAAUAUAGUCUUGCCCUUUAGUAUUAAUGGUGAUAUCUAGGUUUCCAAAAUGUAUUGGGGCAAUGUUCACCUUGAGUAUUUGUUAGUGCAAUCAUGGACCACAACCCUGAUGUUUUGAAAGUGUGUUUAUGUUAAAUGUAGACAUGACAUAAAUUUCAAAACUAAGAGAAAGAAGAAUGACAAUCUGGAAUGUUCUUGGUAUGGGGCCAUCAAAAGUAAGUGACCAAUUGGUCUAAUAAACAGAAAAUUGACCUUUGCAGCAGAGUAGAACCCAUCAGAAAUGUAUGGCUGGAUUUUUUUUAAAAAAGAACUUCCCAUAGAGCAAAUAGAUCAAAAUGGAUUUCAAAUAUUUGAGAAGUUUUGUUGUGAAUAUAUAGAAUGUCACGUUUUUAUUUAAUUACUAAGUUGUUUAUAUUUCAUUUGAUAUUUUGAUGAGUAAACCAAAGAAUGUUUGCACUCAAA